UUUUCUUGGCAUGUAAUAGUGAACAAUUGAUAAAAAUUUUCUGCACCUACUGGUGUAUUGUCAAGUAUGACUGAGAGUAGCCUAGGUUCCAGUCUGUCGAUUUUUUAUUUGUUUCUGUUCUGCAAAUUGACACUAUCAGAAACUAAACGAGCCAGUAACAGCAACUUGCUCACGUAUAUGAAAUAGCGCGUAUGUUAUGACAAAGCAAAAAAUAUCAACGCCUGAAUCCCAGGCUAGACUGAGAGGUGCUUUAUCUGAGGCAGACUGUUAAAAGAUCAGGAAGCUCAUUAGGUGUAAGUAAGAAAGAUGCAGUAAAACUACCUGGAAAAUAGAGGACAGAACAGAAUGCCGAAACUUGUAUUGUUUAAGAAGCAUCUUAAUGUUGGCAGUGAUGACUUUGUGUUCUCUGGUUCUCUGGAAAUACUGGUGAGAUGUAUUGGACUCAUUGUCAUUUUAGUUGAGUUUGUUCGGUAUCUCCAUGACUUUGAAUGUAGCAGUGGUCAUUUGGUGCACACUUACCUGACAGGCUUGAUGGUGUUCCACGCACUGACGGUGGUUGUAGACUACUUGAUUGUAAGGGUGAGCAUGCGAGGCACAAUGAUUGAUGACAGCCCCAGGAAGAAUAUUGGUACAUUCCUGUACACCAGGCUUAUGGUGCUUGUUACAGAGUUUUUCUGGACCAUCUAUGGUACAGCAUCUAUAGUGUUACUCAUGCCUGUCUGUGAUAGCCAGCCUCGAGUAUACUGGUUAGCCUGUGCUGCUGUGGCCUUAGGUUGGCUUAUACUUGUGAUACAGGGAGUGCUCAUCAAUGUGGCAUUUAACUUUAGUUCAGGAGGAAGUAAAGCUAUCAUCAGUAAACAUGACUGGGAGAAAAGAUGGAAGGGAUUGUUCUGUUGUCUUAGUUCAGACGAAAAUAGACACAUCUUUUCUACAUUGUCCAGGCUAUGUAUGCAAAUAUUUAAGAAGGAAGAAGAACUGGUAGCAAGUGAUAUUCUAGCUGGCCUAAUACUGGUUUACCAUAAACAGCAUCAGACUAGACAACAGUUAGAUGUCGUAGAUGCCCCACUCCUAACCAGUAGAAUUAGAUGUAAACCACAUAAAACUGUGCCUUCCCCUUCCACAUCUCGUAAACCUUGGAUGACAUUCAGCGAGGCAGCACAUUUUAUGAAGUAUGCACUUGGUAGCUAUGGCUGGUUCUAUUUCAUUGGUCUCAACAACCCAGUAGUGGCUACAUGCAAACUGUUGCCAAAACUCAAUUGGAGUAUGAAAGAAUACCCACCCCAAAUUGAGAAAGAUGGCAAACUGCUAGCUAACACUGCGGCUUUCCAUUUACAAACUGGAUGCUCUGUGAAUGAUUUAGUCUGUGCAUCUUUCCUUAAUGAGAUCUAUGCAAUUCCAUUUUAUGUGUGUAUAGACAAUGAGAGUGAAUCUGUGGUAGUAGCUGUAAGAGGAACUCUAUCCCUAGAGGAUAUACUGACAGACCUAGUUGUUGAAAGGGCUCCAGUGUGUUUUGGCGGGGUGGAAGGUUUCGUUCAUACAGGGAUGUUCCAGUCUGCUAAAUAUAUACGUAACAAGCUGAUUAGUGAGUGUAUUUUAGAGAAGGCUUUCCAGAGGGCUGAGGGAUAUAGGCUGGUAAUAACAGGUCACAGUCUCGGAGCAGGUGUGGCUGCAUUACUUGCUCUGGAGUUACGCCCCAGUUUUCCAGAUCUGAUCUGUUUUGCUUUUGCUACACCAGGUGAACUAGUCAGUGAUAGUUUAUUACCAUAUACUGAAGAAUUUGUUUGUACUGUUGCCCUUGGUUAUGAUGUUGUACCCAGGCUUGGUCUUGUAGAAGCGGCACAACUUAGAAUUGAUAUUUUAGAUGCAAUUAAGAACUGCACAAUACCGAAGCACCAAGUGAUAGCUGGAAGAUGGUGGACAAAAUUAUUUGGAAAAGCUGACUUGGAGCAUCUACCAAGUGUAUAUACCAACUUACAAAAUGCUCAAUGGUUUGAUGCAUAUAUACAAGAGGAAACCAUGGAAAAGGAGAAGGUCAUUACAGAUUUUGAGCCACUUUACCCUCCUGGACAGAUUUUGCAUGUUUUAGAAAAAAAGGAUCAUAAAAGGGCGUGGAAUGUAAUGCCAGAGUAUUACGCGGAGUGGACUGACUGUCAGACUUUUCGCGAGAUAGUACUGAGUAAGCGUAUGAUUGCCCAUCACUUCCCAGACACGCUAUUGUAUGCACUGAGGCAGCUUGCAGAGCACGACCAUCCUAACCUUAAGAAAGAAAACUAACAAUUAAUAGAUCACAUAGAAGUUCAAAUGAGAAAGAGGAUUACCUUUUUAACCCCCGAGAUUAAAUAUUUGAUUUGAUAUUACUGAAGAUAGGGUAUAGCCGCCAGGUCUUAUGGAGAUUUUCUAUUUUGACUAAGGAGUUGAAUGUUGAAGGGUCAAUGUGUAAUGGUCAGUAUCUGUGAACUUUCAAAACAUGUGCCAUAACAUUAUUACUCUGAAUGUGAAAAUGAGACAAAGCUUGCGUAGGACUCAGUAUCAUACACUCUUAUGCAAUCAUCGUAUGAUGAUCAUAUUCAUUAUUGAUGUUGAGAGGCACCUGCGGCCAUGUUACGGUGACUGCCUUCAAAUCACUUAACCAUUCGCGCCUUGCUAGGUAUAAAGCCCCCAAAAUGGCUUUUAGAAGGUAGUUGGCUCUAACCAGGUAUCUGCCCGUGCCUGAAAUAAUUCUCGUUGAGGCAGUUGGGUUAUUUUUACAUCAUAUAAAGCUGGAAAGUUGCUGACCUGGAAUGUUAGUGUCGCUCAAAACUCAACAAAGCAUUGUCCAGCGGACACAGCAGUAAAACAGUUACAGUAGAAAUAAGUUUUUUUUUCAGUUAUCUGAUAUGCGAUAAAUGAAUUUUUGUCUUAAAGUCGUAGCAUUUUAGAGAUUUUUUAAAUUUUGAUUUUUAUUUUUAAGAUGUGUAAUUUGACAUGUACUUGAUUUUGAACAUGAUUCAUUAUAUUUUAGAGACAUAAUUAUUUAGUCCAGUGUAGUUUUUCUUAUUUCAUCUUUCAUUAGGUUUACUUCUAAUAAAAGCAUACUGCUGCUUUGCAAUGUUAAAUGUAUAGAAUGUGAUAAGAACCAGUAAUUAGGUCUCGUUAGUAUAGAGUUAUUAGGAUUCUCAAUAGAAUCGUCAUUCACUAAUUUUAUGCAAUAGUAACGAUAAAACAUGUACUUAUUUCUGUGCGGUUAUGUAGUAAAAAUAUUGUAUAUAUAUUUUGAACAGUUUAGUGAUAGUUAAAAGUUUUUUGUUGCUUUUUAGAGUUGCUGUGAUAUAUCAGAAAAAUAAAGUAUUAAGAUUUUUGUGUAACUAAGACCAUGUAUUUGAAAUAUUUUAUUAGUAAUUGGAACUUGAAAUUUUUUGGCAAUUUCUUUCAUAGUACAAAGAGUACGUUUAUGAAAUUUUGCACAUAUUUAGAAAGAUAUGUAGUCAUUAAAUAAAAAAAAAAUCAUCAAAAUUAAGUAAUGCUAUGAUUUAUUUUCUAUUUUACGGCCGCAACCCAGUUUAACAAAGUCACAAGUUACACAUUAAUGAGUAGAAUUUACAAACAAGCGAAUUUCGUUAUAAGGCAUGGAAAUCUUGACAAAACAAAAUAGUUUACCUUGUCAAAUUUUUUAAGCAAAUUAACUUUUGUUUGAUUUAAGGAAACAUUGACACAAUAAUAGGCCAUUUGGCGAUUUACAUUUAAAUUCGCACUGAUAUUUGACCUUUAUCAGUGAAAAUUCAAUAUUCUUGUAACUGAUAUUUUCUCCUUGAUAGAAAUAGAACAUUUAUCUGUACAUUUGUGUCUAUUGAAACAUGUAUAGAGGUGAAAUGUAUCUUUGUUCUACUCGAUAUUGAUUGAAUUUGUGUGCACACGAAGGGAGGCAUAUUAGUUUUCAACUGUCCGUCCGUUCGUUCGUCACAACGUUAACUUUUUGCAUGAAGGCACUUUACUCGCGAACCACUGCGCCCAGGACCGUCAGACUUCACAUGCUGAUAGUACUUAUUGAGUACACGACCCCUACUGACUUUGGGGUCACAGGUCAAAGGUCAAGGUCACCAGGUCAAAGGUCAAGGCGCUACGGGGGCAUUUGUCGCCGUUAGUGAUAGCUCUUGUUGAAAUGAUAUUACCAACAUAUUUGUCUAAAUGUCCGAGAGACUUUAGUAUUAUGAAAGAUAUUGUCAAAAAUAUUCAGAUUAGUUAGAUUAGAUGCUGUUAGAAAGCAUUUUUGUUUCAAAACCAAACCAGGGCCUCCUUGUCUAACUUUAACCGUUUAGGUCGAUCAUUAAAUGUUCUUUUAUUGCUGUAAGAUGUUCUUUGAUGUUAGAGAAAUAAUUUAGAUUUCGUGGCGUCGGUACACGUAGAUUUUCUCUACUUGUACAGGGUUAUAAAUCACAGUUUCACAGUUUCAUAAAUUACAGGAAAAUUAAUAUUUAGUAUGUUAAAGUUCGGAAAUAAAUAAUUAAUUGUCUUUCAUGUACCAUGUUUUGUUUUACAGAAAAGCAAUGACGAUAAUCAAUUCAUUAAACUAUGAUAGAGCAUGCAGGAAGUUUAAUUUGAUUGACAGUUAUUCACUAUUCUGUUUGCUUUUGUUCAUAUAUAAACAUUUUAAUGUUUUUAGCUUUCAUCAAAAUGAAUAAUCUAUUCUCAGCAAUAUAAAGUUAUUUUAUACGCUCAUUUUGGAGAAAUGGGACGUAUCAUGUGAUUUGAGCAUAGCUUGAAACCAGUCAAGGUGUUGAUUUUGAAAUUUUCAUAGAGGUAACAGGCUGUGAUAUAGUGUUCACAGCGCAGAAACCGGUUUGGUAAAAUUAAGGUCUCAGAUAGAAGUCAAAUGUCAAAUCGCGUCAGUAGGUCAAAGGUUAAAGUCACAAAUUGAGCUCCAAGGUCAAAUCUGAUAUUUUGUGUCCGGAGCAUUUCUUCGCAAGAAUUCACCAUAUUCGCGUGAAACUUCGAACAUAAGCGAGUGGUAAUGAGACGAUGUGCAGAAUGAAACAACCCACGUCGCUUUACUUUAUUCCCAGUUAUGUGUUUAACUGGUUCGUCAGCUCAUGGUUAUAUAUUGGCUUUGAUAAAAAAAUUCAGGCGUAUGCAGCAUUACUCUUGUUGAUAUCUUUUGACUUUGAAAAGAAAAUGGUUGAAUAUAUUAUUCUUUUCGUCCUCGGAUAUAAUAUGUAUGUAUAAAAUAGAAAAUGUGGAAUCUCCACAGGUCGCUCAACACAACAAAAACGAAAAUGUUGCAGGCUCGGUUUGAUUGAGCCUGUUCAUGGACGGUAGUGGAAAUGCAAACAGACAAUUUCCAAAUAUGUGUUCUAAUUUGUUUGGAUUAAUUCGGGGUCAAGAUAUUGGAUAUGAAUCUCAGAUUGUAUUAGGAUAAUAAUGACAUUUAUACACUUUCGACCCCGUUUCCACCAAAAUGCUAUUGUUUGAAAGAUGGCCUUUUUGACAUGACAUUGUUUUGAAUGACCAAUUGAUAUAUGCUCCAUUUUGACUUGACACAUUUGUUUUGAGUGACCAGUUGAUAUAUGUGCCACAUGAGGAAGGGGUUCAUGGUAGUAGUAAUAUAAACUCAUAUUUCAUGCAAAAUUCUUGUUUAAAGUUGUGUUAUUUAUGUUUUUUAGGGUUUAUUUUACGUGUAGUUUAGAGGAAUUGAAAACAAUGCCUAUAGAUUUAAAGAAUAUACUUGUAUGUUGAAGAGGCAACACGAAUUCGUAUUUUGUGUCACAAUAGGCAUUGGAAACCCUAUAUAUGCAUAUAAUAAGUCAAAGUACAUGUACUUAAAACAAGUCGGAAGAAUCAAAUAUUUGCAGUACCACGAGACCUAUUUUUUUAGAGUUGUUGAGAAUAUUUGUUUCAUAGUUUCGUGUAAGUUUAUUGUUUAAGGGUACGUCUAAUACACUUUUACGUCGAUUUUUAGAUUUUGCCAUUUUAUUGAGAAUGUUUAAAUAGAAAGACUGGGUUUAAGAAUAUGUAUACACGGAAGAGCGUAUACGAGUUUUUAGGUACUUACAAAGUCAUAAAUUUCUUUAGGUCUCCUCGUCCGAGUGCUUAAAAUCACAGACUUCGUACCAUUAGCAUAUCAUUGAUGUAGGUUCGAAGUCUCACCUAGGGUGUAAGCAUGUGAAGACGCCAUCCAUAUCGGUAGCUCUGCUUGGGUUCCCGCUCGUAUGCGAAAUAAUGCCCGGGCGGGCACUUAGGGACUUCCUCAAUUAUCAAAUGCUGGAAAAGUCGCAAUAUGACUUAAAUAAUAUAGGUUUGAUGCUAUAACUAACAAAAAAAAGAACAAAAUAUCUGUAAUUGCUCAGUUAGCUUUUCACUUAUGCUUAACGAAAAUACUGCUUGCUACACACUGAGAAAAUGUAAGAGAUUUCCAUUAAAACAAGUGCCAUUAUUAUUUCUUAUUUUUCAUUAUAUGUUUAUUUUGUUUUGAUGUUGUUGGCCCACAUGUAUUUUAAUCCACUCGGGUAUUUUAUUCCAUUGUUUAUACCUAACUGAGGGAAAGCUAAGUGUCGUUUCUGUUUCCUCAACCUGCCUAAAUAUGAGUAUGAUUGCAAACUAUUUACUUCAAUUUUCACAAAAGAUCAAGAUUUGAUCAGUUUCAUCUUUGCUGUGCUUGAAAAAAAUUUUUUUCUCCGAUUGCCGGAUCCAUCCAUCACAUAGGUAUUGUUAUCUAUUUUGGAACCACCUUAACAAAAGUAGUUAUGUGCCCUAUCAUAGAGCCGUUUUCCUAUACUCUUUCUGACACCAUGGAAACAAGAUCUGCUAGUAACUGUUCAUUUUUUGUUGUUUAUAAUUUUCACGUUAUAUAUACCUUUGAUAUUACUAGUAUAAUAGUCACAGUUUUACAUCCAAAAAUAAUAACGGGUAUUUAACGGUACUUUUUGCAUGUGAACAUUUAUUGUAUAUUUUAAUAUUCAUAAGCACUCGGCAGCAUUUUUACGUCGUAACAUUAGAUAUAUUUUUGAUAUUCUUUUAACUGAUCAAACCCUUUGUUAAUUUUUAUAAUUUAUAUAUUUUUGUGUCUUAUUUUCAUUUUGUGUGUAGAAUCAGUUUACACUAAUGCGUCUGCAUAUAAAUAGUAAGUAAAGAUGUGAUUUCUGUUGUGAGGAAAUGGUUUCUCGCGUACAGUCUUUUUUUUCUAGUAUAAACUACCGAUUUUUAGCAUUGGUGUUUAGACACUUUCAGAGCAGCUGUAAUCACAUUACAUGACGCUAUAAAAUAUAUCAAAGAGGUCAUUUCAGACACUUAAGUUAGUUAUUGUGAGUCAUAAGUCGACAAGUCGUUCAGUUUUGAUAACAAAUUUUUAAAAACGGUAGUUCUAAACACAGGUCAUCGGUUUUUCAUGAAGCGUGUCCGAGUGGUUAAGGUCGCUGACUUCAAAUCACUUGCCCCUCAUCGAUGUGGGUUCGAGCCUCACUCGGGGCGUUUAAUUCUUAAUGUGAGGAAGCCAUCCAGCUGGCUUACGGAAGGUCGGUGGUUCUACCCAGGUGCCCGCUCGUGAUGAAAUAUUGCACGGACGGGCACCUGGGGUCUUCCUCCACCAUUAAAGCUGGAAAGUCGCCAUAUGACCUAUCAUGUGUCGGUACGCCGUUAAAUCCAACAAAAACAUUGUUGUGGUGAAACUCUGCUGCGUUCAUUUUAUGAUUUUGUAUCAAAUAUUUUUCAUUAAUUUAUUUUCUGAAUUGCUAAAUUGUAAUAAAAUGCAACGAAGCAAUUUUGAAAUCAAUUGAACCAAUAUGCUCAUUCAGCAGAUGAAGUAAUGCACAUGCGAUAUUUAGAAUCAUUCAUGCAUUUACUACGUCGAACUAGGAAGUUGUGAGAACUUUUUUUUGUUUGAUAACUUGACAAAUUUUCUGUUGAUAUAUCUUUUAACCGACAUUUCGUUCACGUAUCUCUUAUUUGUAUUGUUAGCAUGUUAUGCUUUCGACAUAGAUUACAAUGCAACCUUUUCAAAUGAACCCUGGUAAAUGUUUUGAUCUGUUUCAUUUUACUUUAUGUUUACCUAAUUUUAGUGUUCCAUGUCAGGUUUAUUAAUAUGUACAUUUUGUUGAAAGUCUUGUCUUUGUAAAGCAUGGUGUAUUUUUCCAUCCGUACUUUAUUCACCUUUUGUUACUUACGUUAUGUUAUUCAUUUAACGACGUGCUUUAAUAGUUUAUUCUUUGGUUUAAAAUCUUUUAAACUUU